AUGAAAUAGUCUGAAGGUGACUUGAAUAAAAGACAACUUGAAGAAGAAACAGAGGAUUCAAUAUCUAAAUUAUUAAUUAAUUUAUUGGCUUGCACAUUUUAGACUGUUUUUGGUUACAUCUGCUUAGAUGUUUGCGUUUCUAUCAGUUUACAUUAUAUUGGUUAAGAGUAAUCAAUAAUUAUAUAAUAUAGAAUAAGCCCUACAGCAAAUGCUGGUUAUGGGUUUGCAUUGACUUGUGUGUUCAUUUUAUUAACUCCUUUUGGCUUUGGAUUAAAUCAAUCUUUAAACAUGCACACAUCCUAAGCUUUAGGAGAUUAAAAGGUUUAACUUGCUAAACGAUUUUUUAACAUCAAUUUAUAUGUGAUGCUUUUUAUACUUGUGCCCUUAGGAGGAUUAUUGCUGAUUUUAAAAUACCCCUUGAGUCUAACGAUAAGAGAAGAUUAAAGGGAAGCGACAUCUAAUUAUUCACAAGAAUUCUUGUAUUAUUUGAUACCUGCAAUAAUUCUUGCUUUAGAAUUUGAAAGUGCAAAGUGCUUUAUGGUUGCACAUAAAGUCACAUACCCGUUUACAAUUAUUCAUUUUUGCACCUUAGCAAUUCAUUGGUUUUUGUGCUGGUUAUUUAUCGUAGAAUUCUAAUGGGGUGUAUCUGGAGCAGGAAUUGUGAUUAUUAUCACUGAAGUCCUGAAUAUUGUUGGAUUAGUUUGUAUAAAUUUAGUAAUAUCAAUUAGUAUUUGUCCAAUUCACAAAUCUAAAGAGAGAAAUAUUUUAAGGGACGAAAAUAAUAAUGGAUGUUCCCAGAUUUAAAAAGUUGGGAGUAUCAUAUAUAAAAACAUCCAUUCCCAUAGUUCUCCAUAUUUAUUCAGAAUUUUUUGUAUUCUUUUUAUUGUCCUUUAUUGCUUUGAGUUUAGGCGUUUCUGAGAUGAUAGCUCAUAUUGGAUUACAAAAUAUGUGUGGAAUAUAUUUUAGUAAAUAUACAAAUAAUUUCAUAGGAAUUCCAAUAAGUUUAUCCAUAGCAAUGAUGUCAUUUGUAGGUUCAGAAAUGGGGAAAGGAAACAUUAAAAGAGCAAAGUUUUACGUAGCAGCGGGUUUAGUUAUUUUUGCUGUUGCUUGUGUAAUAUGCUCAAUAUUGAUAUGGUUUUUUAGAAAUUAAUUGGCAAUUUUCUAUGCUUCAGAUUAGGAGGAAAAUGAAUUGGCUGCCAGAGCUAAGGAGAUAUUCACAGAUACAGUGCCUUGGUUGAUAGGAGGAAUGCUAAUUGUAGAUGGACUUUAGGGAACCUUAAGUGGAGCAUUAAAGGGAAUUAAUAAAAUAAAUUUAGUUUUUGUAUAAAAAUAGAUUUAUCAAUUAGUAUUCAACAAUAAUUGCCUACUAUUUAAUAUGCAUUCCAUUAGUUAGUUUCUUUACAUACUCAUGGGGAUUAGACUAAGGAGUUGUUGGUAUUUGGUAGGGCUUCGGAAUUUCGAAUCUCAUUCUAGCAAUAUUAGACCUAAUAGUAUUAUUCACUACUGAUUGGGAAAAGCAAUCAAGGAACAUAGUUAGAAGAGUGAAAUAAGAAAAUGAACUAUAAUUUAGUACUCUAGUUUAAGUGGAAGAUGAUAAGGCCAAUAUUUGA